CCUAUUUAUUUAUGCAAGACUAGUGACGAAGAGUCGCCAUUCUACGAACUCCGGUUGUGGUGAAAAGAAGUGAUCCUUUUGAAAAGUAGAUAUAAAAUAACAUAUUUUUAUGAUAAUUAAAUAUUUAGAUUAACAUUAUGAAAACCUUUCCAACUACACUGGUGGGAUUCCUUUUGGCAAUUUCCACGGUUCAUGCAUCGCCUUUCGAAUUAACUGAUAAUUAUGUAGCCGAAUUUGAAAAAGGAAUGGAAGAACUGAAACAUAUCGCUCAAGAACACCAUUUUCAUCAUGAAGACAUUCACUACGAUCCUGAUCAUCACAACGUAUCCGAAGCACUUACAGAAGCAGAAAAUUAUGAUUUCAUUGUAAUUGGAUCUGGAUCAGCUGGAGGAGUUGUAGCUGCUCGACUCUCCGAAAUCCCAGAAUGGAAAAUCCUGCUUUUGGAAGCAGGAGCUCCCGAAACACCUUACACUCAAAUUCCAGGAAUGGCUUAUCACUUGCAGAACACUCCUUACAACUGGGGUUACACUACGACACCCCAAGAAUCAUUUUGUUUAGGUAUGGAAGAAAACAAAUGCGCAUGUGCAACAGGUAAAGCUUUGGGAGGUUCAACAGCCAUUAAUUCGAUGAUGUACACCAGAGGCAACAAAAGGGACUACGAUCUUUGGGCCGAUAAUGGAAACUUAGGAUGGUGCUAUGACGAUGUGCUACCAUAUUUCAAAAAAAUGGAAAACAUCGACUUGCCUCACUUUGAUCGUAAAUAUCACCAUCAAGGAGGUCCAGUGCAUGUGGAAGUACCUCAGCACCUCUCAGAAUAUGCUGAAGAUUUUCUCGAAGCAGGAAAGGAACUUGGGAUAAAAACCGUCGACUACAAUGGAGCCGAUCAGAUGGGCUUCGGAAUUACCCAGGUAACCACAAAACACGGCAAAAGAAAUAGCGUUGCUCAAGCUUAUCUCCAACCAGCCAAAAAACGCCACAAUUUGAACAUCAAACCCCUUAGCCAAGUCGUCGAAAUACUCAUUAAUCCCCACACCAAAGAAGCUAGUGGGGUCAAAUAUAUCCAUGACGGUAAACUGUAUGUAGCUAAAGCUGAGAAGGAAGUUAUUCUAUCAGCAGGUGCGUACAACUCACCACAACUGCUGAUGCUGUCAGGAAUUGGACCUAAAGAAGAUUUAGAGCACCUGGAAAUACCCGUUGUAGCCGACCUACCAGUCGGAAAACAUCUUAAAGACCACAUUUCAUUCAUCGGUAUGGAUUUUAUCCUUAACAAGGAGAAAGACAAACCCACCGAUCCUCACGAAGAUCUUGUACAAUGGUUAAAAGAAGGGAAAGGACCGCUAGCUUCAAUUAGGGCUGAAGGGUUAGGAUAUAUCAGAACUGAAGUUUCAAAAGACCCAGAGGAUUAUCCCGAUAUUGAAAUAAUCUUUUCUCCAAAGUCUCGUAAAAUCGGAGAAGAAAAGGCGAGAAACAUCCGAGUCAAAAAAGAGAUAUACGACGGCCUUUGGAGGCCUCUAGAAGACAAAGAAACAUUUUCCAUAGAAGUAAUGUUGACGCAUCCAAAAUCCACCGGAACUCUUAAAUUGAAAUCCAAAAAUCCCUUCCACCCCCCUCUAUUGGACGCCCGUCAACUAACCGACCCCGACAACCACGAUCUCGAAACCAUGCUGGCAGGCGUCAAAAAAGCUUUAGAGAUUCCUAAAACACACGCGUUCCAAAAAUAUGGCGCACAUUUGAACGAACACCCUAUACCCGGUUGUGAAGCUCUAGAGUUCGGGUCGGAAAAUUAUUGGAAAUGCGCAAUACGGCAUUUAUCGGUCAGUCUUAGACACACGACCGGCACCUGUAGAAUGGGACCGAAACACGACAAAGACGCCGUUGUUGACAACAAACUCAAAGUGCACGGGAUCCAUAAACUACGUGUAGCGGACGCAAGUGUGAUACCUGUUAGCAUUUCUGGGCACACUAAUGCCGCAGCCAUCAUGAUUGGCGAGAAAGCCGCUGAUAUUAUUAAACACGAUUGGCUGUAAAUAUAACGUAGCGGAUUUGGGAUAAAAUAUGUACAUACAAAAAAUUUUCCAAGAUCUAGUUGCAUAUGACGCAAAACCAAUUUUUAUGGGAUUUUCAGGUACUUACAUAGAUACUAUACAAUGCACGUGUAUUAGAGUUACAAAUACUAUUACACAGAGCAUGCAGUAGAUAGUUAUAAAUUUAUAAAGGCGAUUUUUAAUUCGCCCAACGAAAAGGUAUAGCUUAUCUUUUAACCCUAAUAAAACAUGUAUUACACUUCAGUAACAGUGAAUGUGAGAUUAAUGUGUACUUUAAUACCGAAUAAAA